CUGCAAAGAAUGCCAACAUGGAACCGUGGCAAGGACGAUGUUUUUACCAGUCAUAACACGAGGGAAAUAUUCUGGACCGUGGAUUGUAUUAUUCGCCUUGAAGAGAAACACCCACAUUUCUAGUAGAGAGUUGACACAGAGCACUUCCUUCCUGGAGUACUUAACCACAUUUUCCCUUUGGUUGGGACUUUGACAAAUGGUCUCAGUAAGUGACAAAGUGGUGACCAGUGACAGUGAUUCACUGAGGGAUGGUUCUCUCGCCACUGUUCCUUUAAGCAGUGUGGAGGGGAGCGAGACCAGCGAUGGCCGCACCCUGGCCCUCUGCUCCAGCCCCACGACCCCUGGGGAGAGCGGGGUCCCUUCCGGCUGCAGCUCUAGGGAGCAGCAGACGCAGGGGGAGUACGGUGGCACCCACACAUCUCCUAUCCAUCUCUACUUGAGCUCUCCCAGCGUGGACCGAGAGGACAAGCCUCCAGACUUUGACUCGCGCCUGACAGAUGGCUUUGCGCCUACACUGGAGGACAUCGAGGAGUUUCUACGCGAGAAGAUGGAACAGGUGAAGGAGGGGCUCCUAGGAGCAACUGACGACCAGAGCAAGGAGGAGGAUGAGGAGGAAGUUGAAAUGGAGGAUGCUGAGGCUAGCCCCGCUCCCCCCUCCACCUCUGAUGAUUCGCUGUCUCCAAACCUGCCAGUGGACCAGACGGUGCCCCCGGUUCCCGUCUCCCCCUCGGCCCCUGUCCUGGUGGGCUCCCCGGUGCUCCUGCAGCUGCAGCCGCUGGCUCCCAGCCCUCCGGGCCUGCGGGUGGCACACCUGCUUGUGGGCGUGCAGAAUGCCCAGAACUUUAUGGUGCUAUCACCCCAGCAAGGGCCCACGUCCACCCUGCUGCCCUUCCCCGGCGGGCCCGACCAGAAGUAUGUGAAGAUCGCGCCCUUGCCCCUGACGGUGAGGGCGGUGGGCGUGGCAGGGGCCAACCUGGUGAAGGCCAUUCCUCCUCGGCCACCUAGGCCCGCGUCCGAGAUGCUGCGCGUGCACAAGUGCUCGCACCCUGGCUGCGAGAAGAUGUACACAAAGAGCAGCCACCUGAAGGCCCACUUCCGCAGGCACACAGGAGAGAAGCCGUACCAGUGCAGCUGGCCCGACUGUGGCUGGAGGUUCUCUCGCUCCGACGAGCUGUCACGUCACAGGCGCUCCCACUCCGGGGUCAAGCCGUACGGCUGCACCUUCUGCGACAAGAAGUUUGCCCGCAGUGACCACCUGUCCAAACACACCAAGGUGCACCGCAGCCCUCGGGCCGGGCGGCUCGUGCGGGCCAGCUUCUGAGCCGCCCUCUCAGGUCUGAACUGAGUCUCAAGCCACUCUGCAGGCUUUGCUGGCCUUGGUGCUCUUCUGUAAGGAAGUCCAGCAAAUGACAACAACAACAGCAACAACAACAACAAUUACAAAAUAACAAUUACAAUAUAUGUCCAAGGUGCUCUUGUAUGUAAGAAAAGAAGCAGGUGAAAAGUCUGCAUCCCCCCUCUCAUUUGUAGAGUAGAGGUAAAGCUAAUAUUUUAGCUUUUUUGCAGUGCUAUGGCCAGCUAACUUGAACCCGCUCAGGGAUGUGAUUGUGUAGCUCAGAGCAGGUUUGUGAGUUACUCUUGGUGUUUGCAGAUAUCAGCAGCCAGUCCCUCGGUCUGUCUCUUUGUCUGCCAAAACUCAACAAUGGCAACAUCUGUGAGUCUGAAGCAAACCAUCGACAUCUAUAGCGGCCCUUAAAAACAAGAUUGUCUCUUUUUCUCGGGACAUGUCUUAAGCACAAUCAGUAGGAAAGAUAAGAACGUUAAUUUAUAGAACACCAAUCAGUCAGUAAUUAUUUUAGAACAUUUUAGCGAGUUGGUGUGACGUCGGUGGCACUAACCUUAAAAUGACGGACUGAUUGUGUAGCGGGCUUAAUGGUGCUCUGUUGAAGACUUGCUUUUAAAGACUCAAAUCUAUUAGCCAGUUGUAAGCUCCAUUCAUUGUUCGUGUGUGUGUGUGUGUGG